AUGAAGUCCUUCACCCUUGCCACUCUGGCCGUGUUGGCUGGCAAUGUUGCCGCCCACGCUACCUUCCAGGACCUCUGGGUCGACGGCGUCGACUUCGGCUCGCAGUGCGCCCGUGUCCCGUCCUCCAACUCCCCCAUCACCAGCGUUAGCGGUAGCAGCAUCCGUUGCAACACUGGUACCUCCAGCCCGAGCGCCAAGUGCCCUGUCGCGGCCGGCAGCACUGUCACUGUUGAGAUGCACCAGCAAAACGGUGACCGGUCCUGCGCCAACGAGGCCAUCGGUGGGGCCCACUACGGCCCCGUGAUGGCCUACCUGUCCAAGGUCUCCGACGCCAAGUCGGCCGACGGCUCGAGCGGUUGGUUCAAGGUGUUCGAGUCCGGCUGGGCCAAGAACCCGUCGGGCGGCUCCGGCGACGACGACUACUGGGGCAACAAGGACCUCAACACCUGCUGCGGCAAGCUCAACGUCAAGAUCCCCAGCGACAUCGCCCCUGGCGACUACCUCCUCCGUGCGGAGACCAUCGCCCUGCACACCGCCGGCAGCUCCGGCGGCGCCCAGUUCUACGUGACCUGCUACCAGAUCACCGUCUCCGGCGGCGGCAGCGCCACCCCGGCCACCGUCAACUUCCCCGGCGCCUACUCCGCCUCCGACCCGGGCAUCCUCGUCAACAUCCACUCCGCCCUCAGCAGCUACAAGGUGCCCGGCCCGUCUGUCUACUCCGGCGGCACCACCCGCACCCCCGGCGGCUCUUGCAUCGGCUGCGAGUCCACCUGCAAGGUCGGCUCCAGCCCGUCCACCACUCUGAGCUCGUCGCCGUCUCAGCCUACCUCCUCGGCUUCGCCCACUGGCGGCUCGGGCAACCCCGACGGCUGCACCGCUGCCAAGUUCCAGCAGUGCGGCGGGACUGGCUACACUGGCUGCACCACCUGUGCUUCGGGCUCGACCUGCAGCGGUGUGUCGCCGCCGUACUACUCGCAGUGCGUGUAA